AUGAAGUUCACGUCUGCCAUCUUCCUCAGCGCUGCUGCUCUGUUCCACGCUGCUUGUGCCGUCCCACUCGGCGAGAUCGACGGUCAGCUCUCUGGACGCGCCAGUAAUACAUACGAUGUGACGGACGACGUCGUGAAGCGCACAGGCGGCGAGGUAUACAUCACAUCGCCGGACGCCCUCGAGAAGCGCAUCGGCGGCGAUCUCUACAUCCCCACCAGUGACGUAGUGAAGCGUACUGGCGGCGAGGCUUACAUCGUCAGCGGUGACGUAGUUCGGAAGCGCGAAGGCGGCGCCACGGCCUAUAACGAGCUCGAUGAAAGCCUUUAG